GAUACACCCUAUAUAAAUUUAAUAUUUACUGGCCAUCUACAAACCCAACUCCCUCCCACACAGAUGAGUUUCCGCAAGAAAAACCUGGUAAUAAAUCGUGGCCCCCCAGGUACAUCUACUGUGCCUGGGAUACCUCCGACCAUCCCACCAAUACUCAAGGGACCCCCACCCGGUGCUCAGCCCUCGCCCAUUAACGGGAAAUAUACAACCUCAACAGGGACACCGUCAUUGGAUUCAUUACUUGCUGGUCAUGCAGGGCUACCAUUAGGCUGCUCGCUUUUGAUUGAAGAGCCGGGAACUACGGAUUUCGGAGGAGCGCUAUUGAGGUACUAUGCUGCUGAAGGAAUUGUCCAAGGACAUGCAAUCACAGUCAUAGGAUUUGGGGAAAACUGGGUGAGGGAUCUGCCAGCUGUAGUUGGUGAUGCAGAGAAAACAGAUAGUGAGAGUGGUGGGAAAUUGAAAGAGGGAGAGCGAAUGAAGAUAGCUUGGAGGUAUGAGAGGUUGGGAGAGUUUGGAAGCGGGAUCGGUGGGAGUAGGGCCCAAAGCUUCACGAGACGAGACCCCAAAGAGGCUAGGAAUCCUGAUACAUCCACCGUACCACAUGCAUUCUGCCACUCCUUCGACCUAACAAAGCGCUUAACGAUUCCCCCGGCAGCGGAAAUAUCUUUCAUUCCCUCGCCAUCGCAAUCGCUAUCUUCGCCUGCCGCUGAAACCUCCCCAUUCGUACCGAUUCUCACCUUUCUCACAAACAUCAUCAACCAACACCCCCCCACUAUCCUCCAUCGAAUAAUUAUCCCUUCCCUUCUGUCACCAUUGAUUUAUCCCCCUUCUGCGUCCUCGCCGAGGCACCUCCUACCGUUUUUACAUUCUCUACGAGCCCUUCUUCGCCGGCAUUCAUCAAACCUUACUCUCAUGAUUUCACUUCCUCUCGAGCUUUACCCCAGAGAUACAAGCCUUGUCCGAUGGGUUGAGGUGCUCUCGGACGGGGUGCUAGAACUAACACCCCUCCCACAGCUGCAGGAUGUAAAGGGCCAGGAUCAGGCUCCACAGGGUUUGGUAAAGAUGUGGAAACUGCCGGUGCUCGGAGAGAAGGGUGGUGGUGUCGGUGGGCAGAGUGGCGAGGACCUUGCUUUCACAGUCACUAGAAAAAGGUUUGAGAUUAAGGCGUAUAGUUUACCACCUAUGGAUGAGGAGGGGGGUGAGCAUAGUGAGGGAGCAGAAAGAGGAAGGGCUACGAAGAUUGACAUUGAGUUUUAGAGCCGGAGGCGGGCUAUGCUUUCCUUUCUUUCUUGGAGGAGUUAUUAUAGAGUCCGGAGCUGAUAAUGUCCGGAAUAUAUGGCUCAAAGCUAUCUUAUCCUCUCCCGUCACUCUCGUGUCAGUUCGCAAUGUUUUAAUAGCUUU